UUGCCUUGCCCCUCCCCCUCCCUCGUCGGUCGUCGCCUCCGCUGCACCAACCACAGCACAGCACCCCCGGGCCGCCCGUCGCCUUCGGCUGGGCGGAGAUGGUGGCCGCUCGCCGGAGCACCGCCGCCGUCCUGCUGCUCCUGCUGCUGCUCGCCGUCUCCGUCUCUUCCACGUCCCCGUCGCCACGUGGCCGGGAGCGGGACAGAUCGGCGCUUCUCCGGCUCAGGGACGCCGUCCCCUCCUCCGAGCUGCUCCGCCGGUGGUCGCCGGGCGCGGACCACUGCUCCUGGCCGGGGGUCGCCUGCGAUGCGAGGUACCGGGUCGUCGCCCUCCACGUGCCCUCCAGCUUCCCGCGCGGGAGCGGGAGCGGGAUCGCCGGCCAGCUGCCCACGUCGGUGGGGCUCCUCACCGAGCUCAAGCAGCUCUCCCUGCCCUCCCUCGGCCUUUUCGGCGAGAUCCCCGCGGAGAUCUGGCGGCUGGAGAAGCUCGAGGGGGUCAACCUCGCCGGGAACUCGCUCCGGGGCGCUCUCCCGGGCGCCUUCCCGCCGCGGCUGAGGGUGCUCAACCUCUCCUCCAACGCGCUCAGCGGCGAGAUCCCUGCCUCCCUCUGCAGCUGCACGGAGUUGAAGUUCUUGGAUCUUUCUGGCAACCGGCUCAACGGGUCCGUGCCAGCGGUCGUCGGCGGCCUCCCCAGGUUGAGGCAGCUCGACCUGUCCCGGAACCUUCUUGCGGGGAGCAUCCCCUCUGCUCUGGGGAGCUGCACACAGCUCCGCUCGUUGCGCCUCUUCUCCAAUAUGUUGGACGGUUCCAUCCCACCAGAGCUUGGACGACUGAGCAAGCUGCGGGUUUUGGACGUAUCGGGUAACAGAUUGAGCGGUCUGGUGCCCAGGGAGCUAGGGAAUUGCUCGGGUUUGUCCGUUCUCGUGUUGUCGAGCCAGUUUGAUGCAGUGAAACCACAUGAGUUCAAUCUCUUUGAGGGAGAGCUUCCGGAGAGUGUGACAGCUUUGCCAAAGCUUAGGUUGUUAUGGGCGCCGAAGGCAGGCCUGCAAGGAAAUCUCCCAAGCAAUUGGGGAAUCUGCCAUAGUUUGGAGAUGGUUAAUCUCGGAGGUAAUUUACUUGCUGGAGUGAUACCGAGGGAGCUAGGGCAGUGUAGAAACCUCAAGUUUCUCAACCUCAGUUCCAAUAGAUUGUCCGGUUCGCUUGAUAAAAAUCUUCAUCUGCAUUGUAUGGAUGUGUUUGAUGUCAGUGGCAACAAACUCUCAGGCUCAAUUCCAGCGUCUGUGAACAAAGAGUGUGCAUCGCAGCAACCGCUGGAUGGCGUGACAUCUGGCUAUUCUUCACCCUUCAUGUCCCGAGCUGUAGCAGAGCUAUCACUGGGUUACUGUGAAUCAGGAGAGUGUUCGGUUGUAUACCAUAAUUUUGCGAAGAACAAGUUUGGAGGCCGUCUUACAUCCUUGCCACUUAGUGCAGACAGAUAUGGAAACAGGACCUUGUAUGCAUUAAUUCUUGAUCACAAUAACUUCACUGGAUCAUUGGCUGCAAUUCUGUUGGAACAGUGCAGCAACUUAAAUGGUUUGAUCGUCAGCUUCCGAGACAACAAGAUAUCUGGUGAGCUCACAGAAGAAAUCAGCUCAAAAUGUCAUGCCAUCAGAGUUUUGGUUCUAGCCGAGAAUCAAAUUUCAGGAGUGUUGCCUGCUAACAUUGGUCUGUUGGGUGCUCUUGUAAAGAUGGACAUUAGCAAAAACUUUUUGGUGGGUCAAAUACCUGCCAGUUUGAAAGAGCUCAAGAGCUUGAAAUUUCUCUCGUUAGCCGCAAACAAUAUCAGUGGUCAGAUACCGUCCUCUUUGGGGCAAUUGGAAUCGCUGGAGGUUUUAGAUCUCUCAUCUAAUUCUCUGUCUGGGAAUGUCCCUAGUAAUGUUGUGACACUGAGAGGUCUCACGACACUUCUGCUGAACAAUAAUGAGCUCUCUGGAAACAUUGCCGAUCUUACCCCUUCAGUAUCAAUGGCUGUUUUUAACAUUUCAUUCAAUAACUUGGCUGGGCCGUUGCAUUCGAAUGUGCGAGCACUCAGUGAGAAUGAGGCUAGUCCAGAACCUGAGAAUACACCCAGCGAUGGCGGAGGCUUCACCAAAAUAGAGAUUGCCUCAAUAACCUCAGCAUCAGCGAUUGUUGCAGUUCUCUUGGCCCUGAUCAUCCUUUACAUUUACACUCGUAAAUGUGCAUCAAGACCAUCAAGGCGUUCUAACAGGAGAAGGGAAGUGACUGUUUUUGUGGAUAUUGGUGCUCCUUUGACAUAUGAGACCGUUGUACGCGCUGCUGGCAGUUUUAAUGCAAGCAAUUGCAUUGGAAGUGGUGGCUUUGGAGCAACAUACAAAGCUGAGAUUGCACCAGGCAUUCUGGUGGCAAUAAAGAGGCUCGCUAUUGGAAGGUUCCAAGGUAUUCAGCAGUUCCAAGCAGAGGUGAAAACUCUUGGAAGGUGUCGGCAUGACAAUCUUGUAACACUCAUAGGGUACCACCUCAGUGAUUCAGAGAUGUUUCUAAUAUACAAUUUUCUGCCCGGCGGUAACUUGGAAAGGUUCAUACAAGAAAGGGCAAAGAGACCAAUUGAUUGGAGAAUGCUUCACAAAAUUGCUCUAGAUGUUGCACGUGCACUUGCAUACCUUCAUGAUAACUGUGUCCCACGUAUUCUGCACCGGGAUGUGAAGCCAAGCAACAUCUUGCUUGACAAUGAGUACACCGCAUACCUUUCUGAUUUUGGAUUAGCAAGACUACUUGGGAAUUCAGAAACUCAUGCAACCACCGGUGUCGCGGGUACUUUUGGAUAUGUUGCUCCAGAGUAUGCGAUGACUUGCCGUGUUUCUGAUAAGGCUGAUGUGUACAGCUAUGGAGUUGUACUGCUUGAACUUAUUUCAGACAAGAAAGCACUGGACCCUUCCUUUUCUCCGUAUGGAAAUGGAUUCAACAUAGUUGCUUGGGCUUGCAUGCUUCUGCAGAAGGGCCGAGCUCGUGAGUUCUUCAUAGAAGGGCUGUGGGAUGUGGCUCCGCAUGAUGACUUGGUUGAGAUUCUGCACCUCGGUAUCAAGUGCACUGUGGACUCUCUUUCUUCUAGGCCCACAAUGAAGCAAGUUGUUCGGCGACUAAAGGAACUCAGGCCGCCCUCUUACUAGGAUUUGCAACUCUAGUAUGACAUACGUCUCAAGACUGAGAGUAAGAAAGCAACCGCAGUAUCAGAGGGAUGAAUUCGUUGAUCCUGAUCAACAGAUGAUUUGCUGUUAAAGCUGUUGAGGAUUCUGUUUGACCACAACUGCCAAGGAUACUCCUGGUAUCCAUGUCAUGUCCUCCAGUCAUGUGGUCGGUGACCAGCAUCAUGUGCAAGAUUGGAUUACUGCACGGCAUAGCGGUGCCGCUGAAAUGGCUGCUCGAAGGGACUCCGAGGGGAAGUACUGCUGCGCCUAGCAUCACUGUACGUAACAACCUUCCCCUGAAAUGCGAUGUGACGCUAUGAAAACAAUUGCUCGUCGUCGUUCAGCGGCCUUGCUGGAGUUCUGUCGCAAUCCACGAAACACAGUAAAAGCCUUGUCCAGUGGCCUCCGUGGAAGAAAAUGGGAACCAGAGCAAGGCCAUAUGAUGAAGCUCAUCAUUCAACUAUUGGUGGCCGGAGCGCAGGGAUUUUAUUAUCAAAAGUCGCUGAUUAGUUAACAUGUUGCUUUUCAGAAGCCUUUGUAACAUCAUAUCGUUUCCUUGCUGCUUUCUGUUAAAAGAAAAAAGCAGGGCCAUGUGGCCUUUUACAUCUUCAUCUAAAAAAUAGUGCGUAUCAUUUCCUACACUUACAGCAACCGACAGAUAAUUUGAGUAUUCUGGGCAGAGCAGCGCGCAGUAGUGGCAUGCUUCAAACGGACGACAGAUGCAUAAUAUUGA